AUGGAGUGGUUUGGACAUAUUUGGAGAGCUGAAGAUGAUAUACUAAAAAAGGUCACAACCGCAACAAUAGAGAUUCAGAAGAAACGAAUACUGGGUAGACCGAGAACGAGAUGGAAGGAUGCUGUGAAGAGGGACAUUCAAUUGUUGGAUGUGAAUGCGUCUGUUGAAUUAGCACUCAACAGAGAAAGGUGGAGAGACUUACUUGUGGCAGCUCAGGUCCUUCAAGGACUGUUAAGCUGA